AGGGCCGGGGUAGUGUCGCGUGUUCCUCUCGGGAAUUCUGGGAAAUGUAGUCCAGGAGCUCUGUGUAGUUGGAGGCAGGUUCGCUCCAGGAGGUUGAGCUUGCGGCCUUCGUUCCUUUUAGAGAGGUUGCAGACACCUCUGUUUCAUGGACCUAGUCACAUUUCUUCCCAGAAUGCCCAGCACAAGUUUGGCAGAGAGAAAUUAAUCAAUGAUCCUGCGUUCCCAAGGCUCUACCCUUCCCCAGAAGGAGGAGGACAAAAUGACCAAGUUCAAGGAAGCAGUGACAUUCAAGGACGUGGCUGUGGUCUUCACCGAGGAGGAGCUGGAGCUGCUGGACUCUGCCCAGAGGAAGCUGUACCAGGAUGUGAUGCUGGAGAACUUCAGGAACCUAGUCUCUUUGGGGCAUCAAUCCUUCACACCAAAUAUAAUACCUCCAUUAGAGAGAGAAGAAAAGCUUUGGAUGAUGAAGCCAGCAACCCAGAGAGAUAGCUCUUUAGGAGGCAAGAAUCUAAAAGAGAUGGAGACUCUUCAAGAAGUAGGAUUAAGGUACCUGUCACAUGAAGAGCUUUUCUGCUCGCAAAUCUGGCAACAAGUUAUAAGGGAGUUAAGCCAGGGUCAAGAGUCCACGAUAAAUAUUGAAGGAACUGUUUCUCAGUUGCAAAAACAAAGUGAUGUACCCUAUAAAGAUGAGGAGUAUGGUAAAGGCUUUCAUCAGCGUUCACAUCUUCAAAUUCAUCAGAGUGUCCACCUUGGAGAAAAACCCCUGGUAGGGCAGGAAUGUGGAAAAGGUUUCAUUUGGCACUCUCAUCUUCAACGUAACCAGAGGGUCCAUGCAGGAGAGAAGCCAUAUAAAUGUGAAAAAUGUGAUGACACCUUCCGUCGGUUUUCAAGUCUUCAAGCCCAUCAGAGACUCCACAGUAGAGAGAAAUCAUACAAACAUGAUGUGUUGUGUAAGGGCUUCAAUCAGAGGUCAUAUCUUCACCGUCAUCAGAGACUCUUCACUAGGCAGAAUCCAGACAAAUAUGAGGAGUGUGGGAGGAACAUUGGGAAAAGCUCACGUUACCAAGCUCAUCUGAUAGCCCACAGAGGAGAGAAACCCUAUAAAUGUGAGGAGUGUGGGACAGGCUUCAGUCAGAGUUCAUAUCUUCAAGUCCAUCAGAGAGUCCACACUACAAAGAAACCUUACAAAUGUGAUGAGUGUGGCAAGGGCUUCAGUUGGCGCUCACGAUUACAGGCUCACCAACGAAUCCACACUGGAGAAAAACCAUACAAAUGUGAUGCAUGUGGUAAGGGCUUUAGUUAUAGUUCACACCUUAACAUUCAUUGUAGAAUCCACACAGGAGAGAAACCCUACAAAUGUGAGGAAUGUGGUAAGGGCUUCAGCGUGGGUUCACACCUUCAAGCCCAUCAGAUAAGCCACACUGGAGAGAAACCAUACAAAUGUGAGGAGUGUGGGAAGGGCUUCUGUCGGGCCUCGAAUCUUCUGGACCAUCAGAGAGGUCAUACUGGAGAGAAACCAUAUCAGUGUGAUGCAUGUGGUAAGGGCUUCAGUCGUAGCUCAGAUUUUAACAUUCAUUUUCGAGUUCAUACAGGAGAAAAACCCUAUAAAUGUGAGGAAUGUGGUAAGGGCUUUAGCCAAGCCUCAAAUCUGCUGGCUCAUCAAAGAGGCCACACUGGAGAAAAACCGUACAAAUGUGCUACGUGCGGCAAAGGCUUCAGUCGUAGUUCAGAUCUUAACGUUCAUUGUAGAAUACACACAGGAGAAAAACCCUAUAAAUGUGAGAAGUGUGGUAAGGCCUUCAGUCAGUUCUCAAGUCUUCAAGUCCACCAGAGAGUCCACACUGGAGAGAAACCAUAUCAAUGUGCAGAGUGUGGGAAGGGUUUCAGUGUAGGUUCACAGCUUCAAGCCCAUCAGAGAUGCCACACUGGAGAGAAACCAUAUCAAUGUGAGGAGUGUGGGAAGGGCUUCUGUCGGGCCUCAAAUUUUCUGGCUCAUCGUGGAGUCCACACUGGAGAGAAGCCAUACCGAUGUGAUGUGUGUGGUAAGCGCUUCAGACAGAGAUCAUACCUUCAAGCCCAUCAGAGGGUCCACACUGGAGAGAAACCAUACAAAUGUGAGGAGUGUGGGAAAGUCUUCAGUUGGAGUUCAUACCUUCAAGCCCAUCAGAGAGUCCACACUGGAGAAAAACCGUACAAAUGUGAGGAGUGUGGGAAGGGCUUCAGUUGGAGUUCAAGUCUUAUAAUUCAUCAGCGAGUCCAUGCUGAUGAUGAGGGAGAGAAACCAUACAAAUGUGAGGAGUGUGGGAAGGGCUUUAAUCAGGCCUCACAUCUUCUGAUCCACCGGAGAGGUCACAGUGGAGAAAAACCAUUCAAGUGUGAAGAGUGUGGGAAGCGCUUUGUUCAGAAGUCACACCUUCGAUCCCAUCAGGGAAUCCACGCAAGAGAGAAACCGUACAAAUGUGAGGAGUGUGGGAAGAGCUUUAUGACAAAAUACUAUUAUGAAUUUCAUCUGGUAGCCCACACUGGAGACAAACCCUAUAAAUGUGAAGUGUGUGGGAAAGGCUUCAGUCGUAGAGGAGAUCAUAAAAUUCAUUGUAGAAUCCACAUAGGAGAGAAACCCUAUAAUUGUGAGGAAUGUGGCAGGGCCUUUAUUCGUGCUUCACGUUUUCGGGAACAUCAGAGAAUCCACACUGGGGAAAAGCCAUUCAAAUGUGAUGCAUGUGGUAAGAACUUCCAUUUUAGAUCAUCAUUUAUUAAUCAUUACAGAAUGCACACAGGAGAGCAACCGUACAAAUGUGAGCACUGUGGGAAGGGUUUCAGUUUUCGCUCAAAACUUUAUAUCCAUAAGAGGGUCCAUACAGGAGAGAAACCCUAUAACUGCAAGGAGUGUGGGAAGGGCUUCACUCAGGCUUCAUAUCUUCUGACCCACCAGAAAGUCCACACUGGAGAAAAGCCAUUCAAAAGUAAAUAGUGUGGGAAGGGAUUUGGUCAGAAUUCACAGUGGAGCUACAGUCUUGACAAUCACCAUAAGGUCCACACAGGAGAGAAACUGUACAGAUGUGUAUGCUAAAGUCUUCCAUCAGUUUUCAGAACUUCAAUGUCAUCAGAACAUUUACACAGCAGAAAAACCUUAUAAAUGUAAGACAGGUAGUAAGCACUUUAGGUUGAAUUCAGAUCUUGUAAGACAUCAAAGAAUCCAUGGUGAUGAUAAGUUUUAUAAAAGUAAUGAGAGUGAUGAACUUCAGAGAAUCUUCAGAUUAAAGAAGUUCUAUAAAAUAAUUUAUAAAAACUCAUGUGCAACCUGAAUUAUUGUGUUCAU